AUGCCCAGGAACCAUUCGAAAGAGUUGAUGUCAUCGUCGUCAUCUCCGCUGAUGCUUUCUCCAUCGUUUCUGCUAUCGUCCUCGUCACCACCUUCUGCACCUCACCUCACCCACACCUUAUCAUCGCAAUCGUCACCAUUCACGCAUCUUCUCACCGACACGUUAUCAGCUUCCUCUAUGGCUGCUGAAGAUUGCGAUGAUAGCAACUCCAAUUCAUCAAAUCUCAUGAAAGACGAGAGAACUGAGUAUUUAAGCUGCGUUAAUGACGAAGAUGGUGAAGAUAAAAGUGAUGACGUUCUUUCAAAGGCCGCAAGAGGAAUUGACCAAAGGAAUGACGGGAAAGAGAGCGAUGAAAACUUUGAUGUGACCGGAUAUUUUCAUUGGACACCUUCCAGGCGGCUCACAGACUGUUUGCUCGACAGAAGAAAAAAUCAGGAUGUUUGUGACAAACUGGCCAACCACGUUGUUCUCUGUUUAUCUCAUCACUCGCAGUGUUCCCUGAGAAGUUUCCUACUGCCGCUGAGAACGAGCAGUUUGAAGGGCGAGAACCUCAAGGCCGUAGUCAUCGUGGCCAAGGAGCGAAGUUUCGUGGAAAGGGAAUGGGCUCACAUCUGUCAUUUUCCUGCUGUUUACGUUAAAAUAGGCUCUCCGUUGAAUCGCGGUGUCUUAAGAAGCGUCCGCAUCGAACGCUGUCACAUGUGCGUCGUACAUUCAGCGCAAAGAAACUCAACAUUACUCCAUUCAUCAAUGUUAACCUCACAACAAUCGCUGCCUUUAUCGCCACCACCAACGUCGUCAUCAUCACUGGCCACACACGACGACAGCAAAGCGCUGUUGAUAACAUUGAACAUCAAAAACAUGUCCUUCAAGAACGUUGAGCUGAAAUAUUCUGGCACUGGCUACGACAUUCUGAGAAGAUUCAUCAGAGCCACGAAAAAUUCUAGUAUCUCAGUGAAAGACGAGAACGUGCAGUUCAUAGACCAGGACGAUGAAGACGACCCAGACACUCCAUUCCACCUCACUCAACCAUUUGCAUGUGGGAGAGCAUUUGCAUCCAGGGUCUUGGAUGCUUUAUCUAUCACAAUAAUUUUCAACCCGGAGACCUACGAUCUUUUCCGAGUUUUCGUGACCGGCACAGACUCCGAGGAACAUGACCAUUUGAUGGCUGAAGGAUUUACAGAACAGAGUUGCCAGAUGUCUGCUGAGCAACUGAAGACCAUUAGAAAUCGACCUCGGUUAAACUUGCUGCCUGUCAACACGGGAAUAUUAAAAGAUCUUUCGGAAGAUACUUUUGGUCAUCUUUUCACGAAAUCUCUGUCCGUUCAUGGCAUCUUGUGCUUGGGACUGUACCGAUUAGUAAACGUUUACGCGCGAUCCACAUCCGAUCCGAAUAACCGAUUCGUCAUCACCAACCCUUCUCCAGGAAUGAAACUUCAUUUCACCGAUAAGGUUUAUUGCAUUUGUACGCAACCUACUGCUGAUUGUUGA